GCCGCCGCCGCCGCGCAGAGUUCUCCCGCAGCCUGUGGCGGAGCAUGGGGUGCUGCUGAUGGCCAUGGAGGGCUACCGGGGCUUCCUGGGGCUGCUGGUGUCGGCGCUGCUCGUGGGCUUCCUGUCGGUGAUCUUCGUGCUGGUCUGGGUCCUGCACUACCGAGAGGGGCUUGGCUGGGACGGCGGCGCACUCGAGUUUAACUGGCACCCGGUGCUCGCGGUGACCGGCUUCGUCUUCAUCCAGGGCAUCGCCAUCAUCGCGUACAGAUUGCCAUGGACUUGGAAGUGCAGCAAGUUUCUGAUGAAAUCCAUCCAUGCGGGCUUAAAUGCUGUGGCUGCCGUCCUCGCCAUCAUCUCCGUAGUGGCCGUGUUUGAUUACCAUAAUGUCCGCAGCAUCCCUCAUAUGUACAGUCUGCACAGCUGGGUCGGACUGACGGUCGUCAUACUCUACGUUCAACAGCUUAUCCUAGGUUUUUUCAUCUUUCUGCUGCCAUGGGCUCCGCUUUCUCUCCGGGCGGUCAUCAUGCCCAUACAUGUGUAUUCUGGACUCCUCCUCUUUGCAGCUGUGAUUGCGACAGUCCUUAUGGGAGUGACGGAGAAGCUGUUUUUUGUCCUGAAAAACCCUUCUUACCAUUCAUUCCCGCCAGAGGGUGUUUUUACAAAUGCCCUGGGCCUUCUGAUUCUGAUAUAUGGGGCUCUCAUCUUCUGGAUUGUUACCAGACCACAAUGGAAACGUCCCACAGAACCAGGGUCUAUCCUCCUUCAGCCAAAUGGAGGCGCCGAUGGAAUGGACGGUGCUAUAGCAAUAAGCUCCGGUCGCAGCCCAGAUGCAGCAGAUACAGAGCUAAGCAGCGAGGGAACAGCCAGAAAAAGAACUCUCGGUCUUGAGGAUGCUGGCCAGAGAUCCACCAUGUGAAAUGUAGAUGCAGCCACGUAAAUUCUCUUCCAAAGUCAGCCGUACAGUUCAGCUUCUCCUGCCUAGUCAUAGGUGACUUGGGUUCAUAGUGUCGAGGUAUACUGUGGUCACCAGGGAGGAUUUCCUGAGACUGAUUGUAUUGUAAGGCCUGUGAACUUACCAAAUGUAAAAGGACAUGAUCAAUAUGA